AGUUUGUUAGACAACUUUCAAUUUUUUAGAAUUAUCUGUAGAAGAUAAUUUCUUGCUCCAUAGAGUUGUUUUUUAAAAGUCAUAUACUUUGGGGGUCAGACUCCUAAAGUUUGAGAGCCAAGCACUUCUUUUGUAACAAUUAUUUGCUGAGUAUCUGCCUUGUCCAGCUGGUAAGUUCUUGUCCUGUACUUUUUCUUGGCCCAUUAUUUACUGGAGAAAGAGAGAAGGAGACAUCAGAAAUGUAGAUCUGCAAUUGACAUCCUGUGACUGGUAUUUCCAAAACAUGAUGUGGUAGUUCCUUUUACUCCCCAUAGCUUUUUUUGACUGUCUUUUAAAAGCAUAAUUCUUAUUGGUAUUCUGUUUGGAUUGCUGACUGUAAAUACCAAAGCAAAGUCUACCUGAGUUUGCAAAAAUGAGCUGUUUUGAUAUAAAUAGUUCUGGGGCAGAUAUUCAACAAAGUAGUCUUUCUUGAAGUGGUAUAGUGCAAUUUCAGCCAAAAUUCUUCCUUUAAUAACUAUAUGGGAACUUUAUUUUUCCAAGAAAAAAACCCCAAAGCCUCAAGCUGUGUAAAAUCCUGAGGGAGGAGGUGUAGAAAAUAAUUAUAUUCAUAAAAUCUGACACACUGGGAUUUAGUCACCUUUAAUUUGCUCUAUUCUAGGAGGGGGAAUGCAACUAAAUGUCUUUUUCUUCAGUAUUACUGGUGUUUUUCAGUAUCACAUUGAGUAAUGAGAAUUGCCUAAUGAGGUUCAGCUACGGAACUGAUGUCUGGGUGGAAGCCAAGAUGUUUAUUAAUAAAGCUGGACUACCAGAGACUGGCUGUUUAUUAGUCACUGAUUACCAGAAGGAGCUGUGAUAGCUUCAAGUUAAGCCAGCUUCAAGUUAAGAAGACACUGAUCAAAUGCAAACUAUUAAAUGAGAAAUUGCAAAUACAAGACCUACCUCUCUGCAUCAUUGAACUUGUGCUUCCCAGAAGUGUAGCCUGUCACAGAUACCAGUAGUGAGGACAGAUGAGUCAGUCUUAAGGAUAGAGAAUUCAUUUGCAUGGUAAGUUACAAGUCCCAGUGACAGAAGGGAAGUUCUGACUUAAGGGUAUGGUCAGGUGUUGCUUCUGUUUCUGGAAUGAGAUGUGCAGUGUUAGGAAGGGACAGGGGGAGCUGCCAAGGCAGUCUCUUGGGGCUCUGACAGCUUUCCUACAGGUUUCUGUCUCUUUCUGAUCCUGCACAUGGAAUUGGUUACUGUCACAGGACCAAAGUUAAUGUUGUUGGAUGUGACAAACUGUAAGUUAAUUUCUACAUUAAGAUUGGUGCCUUUUCUAAUCAGUACUUUUGAAAAACACAUUUGUACCUCUCAAUUGUGCAAGGCCAUUUAUUCUCCUUCAUUGGUGGAGGUUCUCCUGAAAGCGUGGUUGAGUUCUAUUUCUGUAUUUCUUCUCUUUGUGUUCCCCAGGUCUCUUCUGUCAUCUCUUUCCACAUAUCCUCAUGCUACUUUUCUUCCCCUGAUGCCUUCCAGUUUCUUUGAGAAAGCUGUGAUGGAAGCAGGUGGCCUUGAAAACACUCUAGGGAGGGAGUGGGUCUUUGCCAGGAGAUCUGGGAAAGCAAGAAACCUGACUUUCUCUUCUCACCAACCAGAAACAAGCCAUUCUUUCCUGUAUAGACAGGACAUUUUGGCCUCCUCCAAAAGCCCUGGUAACUGUGGUGUGCCAAGACAGAUUUCUUGGAACAUAUUCAGUAACUGAACUGGAAAGUGUCUGCUUUGUACAAAAUAGGCAUCAGCAUGAUGGAUCUCAAGAGCUCUUUCUUUUGUGUGUUAGAGAUGAUCCAUGGAUGAAACACUGGCAAAUCACUGUAGAUUAUAAUUGUAAAUUGCAUUUGUUCUCCAUCUAUGAAAGUAAAAUAAAGCCAGUGACAGCUGAAUGAUGAAAGAGCAAAAUUCUGUGUACUGCAGCUCUGACUUGCUUGGAAACUGCAUGGUUUCUGAGAAGCAAGAAUAAAUAUGGUAAGGCUUCAGGAAGUUGCUUACGUGAAGGUUUUCUUGUGACUAGUUUCAGUGUAAGAUUUUAGCUUCUGCCUUUGACUGUCAUUGUGGUUCAGGCUGACUUCAUUUAUUUCAAUGCAUUUUUUGUAGCCUGUAACCUCACAUGGAAAAAUACUCUUUUAGAAAAAGUGAGUUAGGCUGCAGUUUUUUAAUGGAAAAAGAAGAUAAGUGCAGAACCACUGCACCUCUGUACAUGUUGACUUGCCUGACUGGAUGAACUGUUUGUUGUGAGCCAAAUAGUUUAGGAUUGUAUUGGGAACUGACUGUUUAUAAACCACCUUUUAACAAGUUCUGCUUUCUGCCACUUCUUAUCCAUUUUUUUCCUCUGAAGAUCUGUGCUUCCAGUGUUUAUAGCUUUGUGUCAGACCAUGAAGUGGGCUCACAGUUCAAAUUUUGCCUUGAGAUUUCUCUGCAUUUCCCCUGCUCUGCUCCUAGAUGGCAGCCUUAUUCUAACCAGCUCACUGCUGUUCCGGCAUUCUCACCAUGGAGACCAGGAAAAGGGAGUGUUUAGGUUGCAGUGAGAGCAACCUGAAAGAUCAUUUUUCUUUAGAACAUCACUCCUACCUAGCAAGGGAAAUUAAGAUCCUGCUAAUGGUGUUACUGGCUGUCUGCACUGAAACAUUGCUUCAUCACUUGUGUGGGACAUCAGUUGUGGAGGUGUGAGGAUUGGUGGAGUUGGAUAAUUUGUCAGGACCAGAGAAUUCUGAACUCUAAAUUGGCAAUCAAAUAGAAAACGGUUUAAGGAAACUCAUCACCUCCCCUGGAAGUCCCCUGAAAACUUUCUUUGGUGAAAUUUUACAAACAUCUUUUAAUGGUCCAGUUACUUUUGUUCUGAUACUGCUAUGGUUGAUUAAAAAAAGUUGAAAUUGGGAGAAGGUAUUGGAGAAUACUUUGCAGAUUAUCAUUGUCCUGUGCCUGGGCAGGAUUUAUUGAGAAAGAGACUAAAAAUGAGAUCCUGGCUUUGAAUACCAGUUCUCAAAGAAGGUCUUUAGGUUGGUUUUAUAUAGUGCUUUUUGAUUUUUUUUUUUCCUUUUGUAGUUUUUCUACAUUUUGGGGUGUUUUAGAGUGAAACAGUGAUCACGUAGGCUAUUAGCAGCUCUGUGUCUGUUCCUUGUAUCUUGGACUGUAUUAUGAAGGAUGUUUAGCAUCUUACUGCCUAACAGGACGUAGUGCUUGGCUUCUGAUAAUCUUUAAGGUAUUGACAACUUGUGAUUAAACAGUGCAAGCAGAAAGCUGUGUUAAGCCACAGUUUAAUUCGGGCCUGUUUGAGAGGGAUCCCUGUGUGUGCAUGAACAGGUGCAGGUGUGUUGAACCUCUGGGUGUCUGUGCAAGGGCUUUUGUUUGCUUGGGGAGUGUGUGUUCCUAGCAAAUCUCAUGGUACCUGCACCUCCAGUGCUUAGAUUUGCAUCAUGGACUAGUUUUGGGAAGCAGGAAGGACAGGACUCUUACAGGACAAUUGGCCUGGAAGGUUGUUCAGCUGUCAGUGGGUGUUUGGUCUGCAGGACCUGGACUACUUGUAGCUGGUGCUGGGCUCUCAGUUCCAGCUGUUCCACCCCACAGAUCUCCUGUGCCUGGCUUUGGGCUUGUCAUGGCAAUACAGAGAGCCAGUGUUAACUACCAGUGCUUUCAGAAGAAAACCUAAACCUCCUUUCACCAAUGUUGUUUAAAAUUUCAAGCCCAGGACAUGGUCCACAUGAAUUAUGUGGUGUGGUCAUGCAGCAUUUCCCCAGGAAAAGGUCAGGCACCUCUUCUUCAUCUUCCCUUCAGUCCCCUCAUAAGCUGCUUCUUUGGUGCUUCUUAACUUUGUAUGUCAAACCUGAGCUCUGUCUUGGUUUACUGCCUUUGGUCUUCUACUAAGUGUUAUUUCUCUCAGUUACAACUUACUAAUUUUGUUAAUCAGACUUAAGAAUUAAAUACUAUUUUUAAUCCUGGGCAGCACUGAGGACCAUAAAAUGCUGUUAAGAACAGUGAGUGUUCCAGAUACUAGGAGUACAAAUAUUAAUAGGCUGGCAGUUUACCAAAUUUCUGUGGUUUGCUUUGUCUUGGAACAAACAACUUAAGAAUAUUUAAUGAAAAAAUAUAAUGCUAAUAAAGAGAAAUCUUCAGACUGAGGUCAGAGUUGCUUUAUUUGGAGAAGCUGUAGAGCAAAAGGGGAGUGUUUGUGUGUGUGGCCAUGUGCAGUGAUGGGAGGUUGGAGGGGUGGAGUUGGAGUCUCUGCUGUGGAGGUGCUCUGGGCCCCAGCUCCAGGUUCUCAGUAACACCAAGGAAGUGUUUCAGGAUCAGUGAACUUGCUGGAGCAAGAGGUGACCCAGGAGUAAUGCUUUUCAGUACAAUGAAUAGAUGAUUUUGCUAGCACAGCAGGUGUAGUGUAUUGACAGUAGUGUUUAUUGGUGGAGUGGAAUUCUUCGGCAAAUAAAAGAUUCUGAUGUGUUAAGGAGAUUUUUAAGGAAUGGCACACAGAGUUCAGGGAUCUUUAGAUUUAGACUUGUCAUAACCCACAUGAGAGUGCAGUAGGUGUGAAAUCUUAUCAGCUGAACCACACUAGUGUCCUGGAGGUGGUACAGGUUUUGUUGUACAGACAGUCAGAGGAAAGGCAUGAGUGUAAGAAACUCUGGAAGAGAACAGCUGUUCAUUUUGCAUGAGCCUCUCAGCUGGAGACAAUUAAAACUGAAAUGCUGGAGUGUUACUCAGGUGAAUGAAGUUAGAAUAAGGCUCAAUUUGUUUAAGUUCACCAAGGAGCUGUGGACUGAGGCUUAAGGUAAAAGUGCCAUUUUUUUGUAGCUUUCUGAAACAGUGGAGGAUGAAGACUGUUUCCUGUCAUCUUAGAAGACUAACAAAGGUCUCUGCUCUUUAGGACAGAGCAAUUCCAAAGAAGGAAAAGUGGUGCAGUAAGUUAGGAAAUGCAUAAGACAGAGUUAUCUUGAGUCUUUGCCAAGUACUGAUUCAGAGCCUGAUCCUGAGAUAGUUUUACCUCUGAUUGUGUUACAAACAAGAAACUAAAUUAGAAACUAUAAAAAAAAGUUGUUUUUAAUUGCACAUCCAGAAUUCCCUGCUAAACUGUGUGAACAAAUCUAUAUUAAGGUUAGAAGAUGAGCAUUAGAAUUUACUUUUUAAGAUUUUUUUUACAGUGGCAGGUCUGACAUCCAAUGAAAGGUUUUCAAAAAGGCACUUUAAAAACAAACCUUUUAUUUAGCUGAAUGAUCACAAUUACUAUUUCUAACACUCACAAAGAGGAAGGUUUUGAAAAUAGUACCUCAAAGCAGUGUAUAAUGGGCUGAAUGAAAAUUGAGCAGGAAGCCCAAUUUAGAGAAAUACUAAUAGCUGCAUUCUGAAAAACAGCCUGAAUAUUCUGAUGAGGAAAAGUGUCCCACAGCGUUAGGAUUACUCAUGAGUCUGGUCAUCUCCAGAUCUAUUGCUCUUUCAUUGUUGCUCACACCCAUUUUAAGAAGAUUGGGAGUCUCAUCCAAAAUAUUUAGCUUACAUUUCUUGACGCUGAGCAAAUUCCAAACGUGGCAGCUGUGGUGCUGUUGCUUACAACAGUGGCAGGGCAGGCUCUGGCACACAGUUACUUAGCAACAGGGAAGCUCACGUUUGCUUACAGCUCCUGCGUGUGCAUCUAAAUGUAGUUCUGGAAAAAAAUAAAAGGUUAAAGGACUUUGGAAGGGGAAACAGAUACUUGAACAAUUUGUACUGUUCAGUGGUUGAGACUGAUGGCAGUAGUACAUAGGAAAAUUAGUCUCAAAAUAUUUUGCCUUUUAAAAUCUUUAUUAGACUUUUAAUAUAUUGCAAAAAUUUGAAAUCCAAAUGAGCAGAACCCUCCUCCUACCAACUACAGAAAGAUCAAAAAUAAAAAUACAGCAAAUGGUAAAGAGCAAGGGGACGUUCUGUUUUGAAUGCCUGUGUUACAAAUGCAUUCUUUGGAAACAAGAAGUUUCAUUAUUUGAACAUUGGGAAUCUGAGGAAGUCAUAAAAAUUAUGUUUUGUGAGACUAACAGAUGUGUUGAGACUAUAUUAGAUUAAUUACUACUGAUUGUUGAUUGUUGCUUCUCAGUUCACCAGUGCUUUUUUUUUGCUGAUCAAGCUGUGAAAUCUUAAUGGGUUUUUGACAGCUUGCACUCUGUGACUGCAGUAAUACUCAAAAGCACAGUGACUUAAAAGGCCACUGUUAGACUGUUCUUGGGUUGUAUUAUGAUUCCAGUAAUCUCAAUUUCUGGGGUUUCAGGCAUGCAGUUUUCCUUAUUAGCCAGCACUGGAGCUGCAGUGGUGUUUCCUUAUAUAGCAAAGGCAAGAAGGUGAUUGCAGCUCACUCCAGACCUGAGGGGGAGGCAGGGACCAGAGAGAGCAUGCCAGAAAUGGAGAGGGUAGGAAAAAGACAAGCUGGAUUUGGCUAGGGAAUGGAGCAAGGUUAAUUCCCAUGGAUGGUGGGAAUUAACAAUGAGUGUGGUCAGGCUGUUGUGGGAGAAUGACCUGGGAACUGGCACGAUGUCACUGAAGGAAGCAGUGCAUUGCUUCAGCAAUGGGAGCUGGGAGGAAGAGCAGGGCAGUUUGGAGAGCAAGGAGAGUGACUGGAGACAUGCUGCACCUGCAGAGGAGUAAGGAUACUGCUAUUCCAGCUGCUCCCAGAGUUGAGCAGUUCUUUAUACUUAGAAAUUAAGUGGUUGGAAAAAGGAAUUCUCCAGAGGCUGUGUUCUUUUGUUCCUGUGCUGGGUCUUCCCCAUCUGUACCCUUACUUGUGAGAUUACUGUGCUUUUCUCUGGGCAACAGAUUCAGACAUGAUACAGAAGGUGAACAAGAUCCCACCACCACUGGGAGUGGGAUUGAGAGUGUUAGUCCUUGCUUUUCAGAGCUGAAUCAAAAUGGGGAAACAUCUUGUGAGGAAGGUUUUUGAGGGCUAGAAUGAACCUGGUUAGGGGACAGUGAUUUAAAAUACAGGGGAAAAAAAGUCAUCAAUCCAGGCUGCCAAAGUUAAAAUCCAUCUAAAAUAUUUACCUUUGAAUUUCAUAUUCAGUCUAGAGGAUUGUAUAAUUCUGAUUUCCACAUGUAUAUUCAUGUGCUUCAUGUGUACUUUAUGGGGCUUACUCACUUAAAUAAUGUCUCCUCUAGUUAAUGGACCAUUAAAUGAGAGGCUGUAAUUACCACCUCUGUGGCUGUGUCAGAGUGGGCAAGAGGAUAUGUGUUAAUUCUUUAUAAAAAUGACAGGACAGUGCAUCUGCAGAAUAGGAGCUUGAUAAAAAUCUCUCAUCCCAUGCAAGUGUCAGCCUGCUCAUCCUGUGCUGGGAAACAAGCCUGGUCUGCUCCUCUCCCUGCUGAAGGCUUUUUAGAGGGCAGGUAGAAAAAUGAUGUCAAAUAAUUUUGUUUCCAGUUACCUGUCCAUGUUUUAAACUAACAGGAUGUUGAACAUGAAAUCUGUGCUGCAGCAGCUUUUACUUUUUGUAAAGGUAAAGUGAGCAAAGUUUGUUUUUCCUUUUGCUGUUCAUUCCUUCAGUAGUGGAGACUAGAAGGAUCCAGGUGCUGUCAGGUUGACCUGUGUAACAAGGCUUGGGGUUUCACAGAAGGAGGAGACUGCUACCCAAAAAUUGGCCCCCACCCUUACAGAGAAGGCUUCAAUUUCUUCUCCUUUGGACCUUUCUUCUGACCAUCAAAGCCAGGUUUGCUGUGUAAUGUGGUAGCUCUCCAUGCAAAAUCAUCUACAUCACCCACCCAUGUUUGCCAGGAGACGAAGUACAUACAGAGAGUCACUUUGUCUCUUAAUUUGUUUUUUUAUGGUGGUUGUAGCUAUUUUCAAGUCUUCCCUUGGUAAGUUGCCUUUUGUGAGUUUAUUCAGCUGCAGACAUUAUAUGCACUUGCUUUGGCAGCUGGUACAAAAGCAGAAUAUUGACAGAAUUAAAAUUUGCUGGCAGUUGUAUUUGUGCUUUGCAGGCAGGAUUCAUUGUAGUGCAAAUCUUUGUGGGCUAAUGAAGUUAAAGCAGGAAUUUAGAUAGUAUUCUCUUCAACAAAAGCAGCUUGCUUAAAGCUGUCUCUGCUAGUGUUUUCCUUCUGAAACAAUGAUAGCGAAUGCUGCAGAUUUAAAAAUGGAAUAUAAUUUAUGAGGCAUCAAGCCUUGGGCAUGAGUCCUUGUGUAACUGGAAUUUAAAAUCUAAAAUGAAUAUUAAUGAGGUGGGGAGGGUUGCAGACCUGUCCUUUAAUACUAAUCCAUUGUGAGUGGAGCAGCUCUAGCAAUGAGCUGAUACUGGCACAGAGACAACCAGGAAUUGACUGCUCUUAGAAAAUGCCUCAUCGCUCAAAGUCUUCACAGGCUCCUGAAUACUUGUCCUGAUCAGAUACAGAAGGGCACCUGAACAUUUCUGGUGUCAGUAGCCUGCCUGCUGAUCCUGUGUGCAUUUCCCUGGGGACACUCCUGUGCUGGCUUUCAGCUCCAGCCCGUGGUGUGGAUGGAAGCGUAAUGGAAGGCAUAUUUGUUACUUUGCCGUACAAACCCAGCUGGAAACACACCACUUGUUGCUGUGAGAGGGGCAGCGAGCUCUGUACCCCCACGUCUGGACCUGACAUCUCUUAGGUCAUAAUGCUAAAGGAUUGUGCCAGAAUAAUGUUCACCCUGGUCAUUGUUGCAGGUUUGCUUAGAGCUGUAAUAAAAAGGGCCAAAGAUAAGUCUGAGGAGAGUGGUGCAAAACCUAAGCAUGUGCUUAGUAGCAGAGGAACCCAGACUGAAAGCAAGAAGCCUCUGGAAGAGACAAAAAGCGUGAGAAAGCUGGAUGAAAACAAGGGAGCAUGUGAAAAGGUGAACACUUCCAGUGCUGUAGCCCACAAAGCUGACUCCAAACCCCAGCUCAAAGACAGGACAGCACAGCAGCAAGGAGGAGAAGGUACUGGCAAAACACAGAGCUCUAAGAGCUGUCUACAGCAAAAGGACAUCAAUGUCAAAGCUGUGAAUCAACACAAUGGUCUUCCCUCCGUACAUCAAGAUCAUGCAGGCAACCAAACUGCUCCUGCUGAAGCCCAGAAGGUGGACAGAGCCCCAGGCCUUGCUGAGUGCCACAGGCAGCUCGUGCAUCAGAAGCCUGGGAAGAAUGAAAGCAAAGCUGCAGCGGCGGGCGCGGCGUCCCGGGAGGCUGUGCCCUCCACGUCCAGGGCCAUAUCUGACACGGGCUGUGAAGUGACACACACCAGGUUAUCCAUCAGUGUACAUAUGACUGACAUGAAAGAAAAAAUUGAGAUGGCCAAGGAAGGAAAUAUAAGUGACAGCAGAGGUAAAAGUUCCAAAGUGAAAUCCACACCAGCAGACUUGAAAGGAGUCAAGCAGCAGCCUGACAAAUUAAAACUUCAACAGAGUCCUAAAAACAUCAGCUCCAAGCCAGAUUCAGAAGUUAAAGGGGACAAUAAGCAAAAUGAACUUGCACCUCAGAUAGGGAAGCAAAAGCCAUUCCUGAGCAAGCCCAAACCAGGCGAAAAAGCUGAAGAGAAAUCAGAAUUAAAAUGUGAGUCCAUAACCUCACAGAAUACCUCUGCAAAGGAUCCUGUGAAAGAUGCAGGGGUAAAAGUGAAACUCCAUCAAGAAACAGCAAAAGCAGAAAAAUCCCCAGCAGGUACCAGGUCUGAGAGGAGGGAAUCUGAGACUGCAGGGGCAAACAGACAUGAUGCUCAGCAGUGUACAGGAGAGGCACCAGAGAAGACCAAGUCUCUGGCAGCUGGCAGAGCUCUUCCCAUUCAAGGAGAAAUCAUUGAUGACAGCCCCUCUCCUCCAGCUCCGUUCGAGCACCGCAUCGUGAGCGUCAGGCAGGCGGAGGUGACCGCCAGCUACUCCGUGUGUCGGCACGAGGUGCUGGGGGGGGGGCGUUUUGGGCAAGUCCACAAGUGCACGGAAAUAUCGACGGGGCUCAACCUGGCAGCCAAAAUCAUAAAAGUGAAAGGAGCCAAAGAGAAGGAGGAAGUAAAAAAUGAAAUUAACAUCAUGAACCAGUUAAAUCACGUGAAUCUGAUCCAGCUUUAUGAUGCUUUUGAAGCCAAAAAUAAUAUCACUUUGAUAAUGGAAUAUCUUGAUGGUGGGGAAUUAUUUGACCGGAUCACAGAUGAAAAUUACCACCUGACAGAGCUGGAUGCCAUCCUGUUCACCAAGCAGAUUUGUGAAGGAGUCCACUACUUGCACCAGCAUUACAUUCUCCACUUAGAUCUGAAGCCUGAAAACAUCCUAUGUGUAAAUCACACAGGAAAUCAGAUUAAAAUUAUUGACUUUGGAUUAGCAAGGAGGUACAAACCCUGUGAGAAGCUGAAGGUGAAUUUUGGGACUCCGGAGUUCCUGGCUCCUGAAGUGGUGAACUAUGACUUUGUCUCCUUCCCCACGGACAUGUGGAGCGUGGGUGUGAUCACAUACAUGCUGCUUAGUGGCCUGUCCCCAUUCCUGGGAGAGACUGAUGCUGAAACAAUGAAUUAUGUAGUCAAUUGCAGCUGGGAUUUUGAUGCAGAAGCAUUUGAACAGCUCUCAGAGGACGCCAAAGACUUUAUUUCCAGACUGCUUGUGAAGGAGAAAAGCUGCCGGAUGAGCGCCACGCAGUGCCUGAAGCACCAGUGGCUCUCGGACCUCCCUGCCAAGGCCCAGCAGUGCAAGCUCCGCCUCAAGUCCCAGCUGCUGCUGCAGAGCUACAUGGCCCACAGGAAAUGGAAGAAACAUUUUUAUGUGGUGGCUGCUGCUAACAGGCUGAAGAGAUUUCAGAGUAUGUCUGUCAAGCUUGCAUGAGCUUGUGUGAAACCUCCACCACUCCUGGACAUGAAGGUGGACAUGAAGGUGGAAGGAGGACUCAGUGUCUCCAAACAUUUCUAUCCCUGUUUUAUAACAUAAGGUUUUGGGACUGCCUUCCUCAAUUAUUUUGUGUGUUAGUGCUGUGGUUCCAGAAGAGCCUUGAAGAAACACAAGAUCUCUAAAAGCAGAAGUUACUUUGUUUGUUUUUACAAGUUUUUAGUUGUUCUAUAAAGUGGUGGAAAAACGUGGCUGUUACUGGGGGUGACUUCUUGCUGAAGGCUUUGAUUCUGCAGAGAAUUGUUGGUGUGUUUAUAGCAGAAAAUCCUUGGCAGUUUUCUGGUCUCUCACACCAAGCACAGGAUCUCUAAAGACUUUUUUUCCUGACUGAUGAUUGUGUGUUACCAGCUUUAGAGAACCGCCACACAGUGGCAAAACUUGUCCCUCAGGUGUUUGCUACUUAAAAGAUACAGACAUUGUUUUCUUCUGUAUUUCUUUCCAAAAGGUAAUUUCCCCACAACAUGAAGACGCUUCAGUGCAACUCCAGCUUGGGUGGUUUUGGUUUGUUUUGGUUUUUUAUUAUUCUAUUCUCUCCCUUAAAAAAUAGUCACUGCAUAGUUAGGAACUAUGAGGAGCCCUGGCUUGGGGUAACUUAAGUCAGUCCAUUGCUGCUGUUUCUUAGGGCAAGUUGAAUUAAGCUGAACUGAUUGAACUUCUGGAAGGAGAUGUGUGAAACUGCCAUGCAUACAAAUCACCUAGUGACUGUUGGGUCUAUGCAAAAAGAUCUCAUGUUGUAGAGAAAAGAGGAGAGUUCCAGAGAUUUUAUGUUUUUAAAACUUGUAAGUGCUUUUCAUUGUCCAUAACUGCAGCUCUUAAGUUGCUAAGUUUUAGUUUGAGGAUUUGUUUCUCCUCUCAGGAAAUUUUAAUGCAGUGUGAGAAGCUGGUAUGAUGUGACAUGCAAAACAGGUUUCAUUUCUAAUAGGUUCAGUGACAGGGAAAUGGUGUGUUGCCAGACUCUGCCUUUAGUCCAGUUAGGAGGUUGAAGCCCUUCUUUCCCCCUCUCUUAGCUCUUGAACAUUAAACCUUUUCUUCACAAUAUUAACUUAUUUUGGAUUUUAAACUCUUUCCUUAUGCAUAGAGUGGGAGCCACUUACAAUCUCUCAGAUAAAAGUACAAUAUUAUUUAUUAAACCUGUGGUUUCCUCCUCUGGAUUCUGCAAAACUCAGUAUGAACUGGAUGGGCUCUUAGGAAAAAUGGAAAUUAGUAUUACUAAAAGUAGCUUUCCAGCAAAGGCACCUGUGAAGUUCCUUUGGACUUUAUGGUCUUUGACACCCCUUGAAUUUGCAGAAGUGUUGGUUGCUAAUGAUGAGGUUUGUAAGACUGCCUUACUCUGGUCUAGCUAUCUUUUCCACUCAAGUGUUUCUCACUUUGCAUAGUCCUGACUUUUUUUGCAGCAUUUCCAGAACUGGGACAGAGAAGAAUCUUGAUAAUUUAUCACCUUCUAUGAAGGCCCACUUUUGUUCUUUUCCUUCCACAGUGUUUCUGCAUGGUGAAUGUCAUUGUAUUCAUUGGUCUGUAUAUUUCUGAAUUAAUACUAAUAAAUUUCAUGAAAGUGGAACAAGAA